GCGCGUUAUUGCGCAACGCGACGGGCGUUUCACUCCAUUCGUCCUCGACAGGAACAGAGUGGACUCGGUUCGGUUGAGUUCAGCUAGAAAAAAAAAAAAAAAAAACCCCGCCAAAGUGUUCGGGAGAGAUGACGGACAGCCUGGUGCACGCGCAUCGCUCGUUCACGACGCUGCUGGUCCUGAUGCUGCGGGCGCGCGAGCAUCAGCAGCAUCACUGAGACGGUCAGAAGCUCCGGAGCACCGCGGAUCGGAUGGACUCGAGCUUCGGAUGAAGCGAUGACAGCUGCUGACCGUCGCUGAUGUGUCCGAACCUCGGCAGCGCGUGAAUGAACACUCGUCCCGCUCAUUAUCAGGAGACCUCGCGGAUCUGAUGCUUUGAUUCGUGAGAUCUGCUCAGCUUUUCAUCCACAUCUUGCCCUUCCUGGAGAGACUCCGGCUCUUUAAUCUGGAUAUGUUGAAAGGCACGUAAUGAUGGAUGGGAUUAUUAGUGUUUUGGGGGUCCUGACGCUCAUUUUGGAGGGCAUCUCAUGCCAGGGAGUGUAUGCGCCUCCUACUGUCCGUAUCGUGCACUCGGGUCACGCGUGUAACGUGGAGGAGGAGCGUUACUCUGAGAGGGUUUACACCAUCCGAGAGGGAGAGACGCUCGAGCUCACCUGCCUGGUCACCGGACACCCACGACCACAGAUUCGAUGGACCAAGACUGCAGGCAGCGUUUCGGACCGGUUCCAGGACUCCAGCGUAUUCAAUGAAACCCUUCACAUCGCGAAGAUCCAGAGACAUCAGGGUGGACGGUAUUACUGCAAGGCCGAGAACGGACUGGGUUCACCGGCCAUCAAGUCCAUCAGGGUGGACGUCUACUAUCUGGACGACCCUGUGGUGACGGUUCAUCAGAGUAUAGGUGAAGCGAAAGAGCAGUUCUACUACGAGCGGACGGUGUUCCUGCGUUGUGUGGCCAACUCCAACCCUCCCAUCCGCUACAGCUGGCACCGAGGACGAGACGUUCUCUCGCAAGGAUCCGAUAAAGGUGUGGAGAUCUACGAGCCCUUCUUUACCCAGCUCCAGGGGGAAACGAAGAUCCUGAAGUUGAAGAACCUGAGACCCAAGGACUACGCCAACUACAGCUGCAUUGCCUCCGUCAGGAACGUGUGCGGCAUCGCUGACCGCAAAGUCGUCUUCAGACUGACCAAUAAAACAGCUCCAGCCUCCAUAAAGCUGUUGGUGGAGGAUCCGAUUGUGGUGAAUCCAGGGCAGACGGUGUCUCUGGUGUGCAUCACCACAGGAGGAGAGCCGACGCCGACCCUCACCUGGACCAGCAGCUCCGGUUCGCUGCCAGAGAAGAGUGUGGUGAAGGACGGCACCCUCACGCUGCCCGCCGUCUCCUCCGAGGACGCCGGCGUCUACAGCUGCGUCGCCAGCAACAACGUGGGCAACCCGGCCAAGAAGUCCACUACCAUCAUCGUUCGAGCAUUGAAGAAGGGUCGUUUCUGGAUCACCCCUGACCCGUACCACAACGACGACAACAUCCAGAUCGGCCGUGAGGUGAAGAUCUCCUGCCAGGUCGAAGCCACGCCGCCCGAGGAGCUCCAGUUCAGCUGGCUGAAGAACGGCCGGGCCUUACGCAGCUCUGAACGGAUGGUCAUCACCCAGACCGAUCCCGACAUCUCGCCCGGAACCACCAAUCUGGACAUCAUCGACCUCAAGUUCACAGACUUCGGCACGUACACCUGUGUGGCGUCGCUGCGAGGCGGUGGGAUCCCCGAGAUCAGCAUCGACGUCAACAUCUCGUCCACCACUGUCCCUCCUCUGUUUUUCUCUUUCUUAGUUCCCCCGAACCUGACCGUGCCGCGGGGCAAGUCCCCGCUGGUGGUGCGGGAGGGCGAGACGGUGGAGCUGGAGUGCCUUGUUUCAGGGAAACCCAAGCCCAUCAUCCUGUGGUCGCGAGCAGAUAAAGAGGCACCCAUGCCGGAUGGUAGCAUGCAGAUGGAGAGUUAUGACGGUGUGCUGCGGAUUGUCAACGUGUCGCGCGAGAUGAGCGGAUCCUACCGCUGCCAGACCAGCCAGUACAACGGCUUCAACGUCAAGCCCAGAGAGGCCGUGGUCGAGCUCAUCGUGCAGUACCCUCCAGCGGUGGAGCCGGUGUGGCAGGAGGUCCGUCAGGGUUUGGGUCGGCCGGUGGCUUUGAACUGCCGCGUUCUGCGGGCGCAUCCGUCACGUGUGCUGCGGUACGAAUGGAGGCUGGGCUCACGACUGCUCCACGCCGGACACUUCGACUCACGGGACGAGACGGACUACACCAUACGCAGCCUCACGCGAGAGGGCUACGGCGAGUACACCUGUGACAUCAUCAACGAGGCGGGGCCGGGACGCUGCAACUUCCUGGUCACCGGGAAAGCGUUCGCUCCUGAGUUCUACUACGACACCUAUAACCCGCUGUGGCAGAACCGGCCGCGCGUGUACGGCUACAAGCUGCAGUGGACGCAGAUGAACCCCAGCGCAGUGGACCGCAUCAUGGCGUACCGCCUCGGAAUACGACAGACGGGGCAGCAGCGCUGGUGGGAGCAGGAGAUUCCUGUGGAGGGAAAUAUCCAGAAGGGAGAACUGAUCACACACAACCUGACGGAGCUCAUCAGACCCGAGGCCUACGUGGUCCGACUCACACCGAUCACACGCUUCGGAGAGGGAGAUUCAACCACCAGGAUCGUCACGUACAGCGCUCCAGUCAAUCCUCAUCUGAGAGAGUUUCACUGCAGCUUUGAAGAGGAGCCCGUUUGCAUGUUCACUCAGGACAAGAACGACGACUUUGAUUGGACGAGACACAGCGCCGCCACCCGCGACACUAAAUACACCCCAAACACGGGUCCCAGCGCGGAUCGGGCCGGCUCAAAGCAGGGUUUCUACAUGUACAUUGAGACCUCCAGACCUCGUAAAGAGGGCGACACGGCUCGUCUGUUGAGCCCCACGUUUAACGUCGCCCCCAAGAAUCCCUACAGCAUCACCAGCCCUCCGGCGUACUGCUUCACCUUCUACUAUCACAUGUACGGCAAACACAUCGGCACUCUGAAUGCGUUUGUGAAGCAGAAAGGUCAGUCGACUUCAGACGCAGGUCCAGUGUGGUCCCUCAGCGGGAACCAAGGGGACCGAUGGAGACAGGCCAAAAUUAGUAUCCAUCCUAUUUCCUCCUUCCAGGUGAUAUUUGAAGGCAUCCGCGGUCCAGGGAUCGAGGGGGACAUUGCCAUUGAUGAUGUCACGCUGGAGGAGGGGGAGUGUCCUGACCCUCCGUCCAAUCCGAUCAGAGGAGCGGCUCCACACACCGGCUCCAGUAUAUGGCCAUUGAGCGUCACACUGUUUUUUACCGUAUUCUUUCAUCAGAGGUGACGCUCCACAUGAGAAGAGACUCGAGAUGCGUCCCGUAAUAUUUUAUCACCAAAGAUUUAUGCUUUUGGAUUGCUGAGAAGGCACAACACCGGGAAUAACACCAUGAAACAAUGACAAACCUAAACAGAAAAGUAAUAAAUAUUUUGUCGCUGUCCAGCAGAAACCUCGUAUCUCCAUAUUUCGUAAUUUCUCUUUUUUUCAUAAAUCAUUACUAUCGGUCAACCUUUACAUCCAUCUGUAGGUUUUGCAAAUAUUUAACCAUUGAAAAGUAUUAAAAAGAGCUUGUGACUAAAGCGCGUAACUCCAUUGGCUCCUCACACUGUCAGUCAAACAUCAUAAGUUUAGCACGUCUCUGCUUGUUUGCAAUGCAAUGAUAAAUAAAGAGCUGUUUCUUUGAAUAACUACAGCGUUUUCUUUCCUCAAGAAACACUAAAUAUAUAUAUAAAGGCUAAUGAUUAUGUAUUGAGGAGUAGAGAAGAGUUUCUUGGUCUUGCAUUUGUCUUUAAUAACAUGAGUUUUUGGUCAAAUGACAGAAAAAACUGAAGCUACAAUAAACUUUAUAACUCAUGAAAAUGUAAUUUGAAGCACUUAAUUCUAAUGACAGACAAAACACGCAUUUCCGACAUUCGCUGGUCAAAAACUCAACUUGAGCUUGAUUUUGGUAAAAUGUUAAUAAUAUAAUGACACAUGCAAGUGUCUGACCAUAUAUAAAACUAAACCACAGUAAUAACACUGCGGUGUUUAAUUAUUUAAAUAAUACCGAUUUUUUUUCCCAUUUCCUGAAAAGUAGUGGUUUUGGAGAUACGAGGUUUCCGCCCGACAGCGAUGACGCAAACAAAAAAAUAUUUUCUGCUGAGGUUCAGAAGGAUUCUCCAUCACGUCUGGACCCGACAGAGGAUUUGAACACAGUCUAAAAAAGCACAACGACUACUUCGCCAUCUGGAUGUAUGGAUUUAACCGAAAGGGAAGCAAAACCAGUUUUACACGCAGUUCCCUUUCGUUCAAGAUUCAAACGCUGGUGAUUUGGAGUACAAUCAGCAGAACGUCUCACCUUCGGGUCUACCUUUUCUCACAUCUCUUGAUUUGUUCUUUGGUUUCAUUUGGCUUGGUGCUUUAAAACGCAAAUAAAGGAGCGUUUCCAGUAGCAGCCUGAUUUCACAACACUGUGCUCACGUUCCCAAGCGGAAGACAGACAACAUUUUGUGCGGUUACGAGCAUCCGUGACGGUAGAAGACUCUGGUUUGUCGCCGUUCCCAGUUCCAGUUGAGUGACAGAAUUUCUGCCAUUAAAAAAAGAAGUGCCUUCAGGUUAAAAACCGAUCCGUUAGCCUGGCCAUCGACACCAAACGUCAAUGUUUCUAACAUCUCUGAUGGGCUAUUUUAUACUCAUUUCUAUCGCCCCUCAAGUGCUGGAAUGCGGCGCGACUGUGACCGUCACGAAUGGACGACGCGGGGACGUCAUGCAGGUGUUGCGCUGAAUGUCUCACGCUCUCCAUCGAUAAGGAAACGCAAACGGGCCUUGGAACGGACAGGCCUGCCGUCCCUCCUCAUGCCUCUGUCAUUUAUAUACCGAACAAUGUGCAUUCUGAGAGAAAAAAAAAAUGAAAUAUUCAUAAUUAUAAUAAUAUUUUAUUACUCUAUCCAGAAUGUGUCUCAGCUUUUACACACAAACUAUGAAGAAACGGUGGCGGUAUCUACCUGAGCGCUCGGCCGGCCACCUUUUAAAAAAGGGUGUUGUAAAAAAAACUGUUUUGACAAGAAGCUGUGUCUCGUUUCUUCUUCUUAUUUACGUUGAAAUGUUCCAACUUUACUGUCUUUAUUUCUCGUCGUCUCCCUUGCAUUGCUGAAAAUAUCCAAAGUGGGCAGAAAAACGUCGACUUUGCUGGUUUGGUAACUGUACUUGUAUAUGUAAAGAAGCUCUAUUCAUUGAGAUUUAUAUGAGAUGUUUUAUGUACAAGUCAAAGGAAGCACAACAUCUAUUCAACCAUUAAAAAUGCUGUUCUAAAACAUCAUAUAUGUGACCGUCCCCCUGCAAAACCAGUGUGAAAUUAAAGUGCACGCUUGUGUUUGUGACGAAAUUCACAGAUUGUGGAAUAAUGAAGAUUUUUUUGAAAGAUUCUCUUCUGCUCACCAAGGCUGAAUUUAUUUGAUCAAAAUACAGUAAAAAUUGUGAAAUAUUUUUACAAUGUAAAUCAGCUGUUUUCUAUGUGAAUAUAUAGUAAAGUGUAAUUUAUUUCUGUGAUCAAAGCUCAUUAUUACUCCAGUCUUCAGUGUCACAUGAUGUUUUUCUAAUAUGCUGAUCAUCAUUGGAUAAUCACUUUUUGUUAAUUAUGAUUGGUGCUCAAUUAUUAAUAAUGGGUCUUAUUAUCAUCAAUGUUGAAAACUUUCAUAUUUUUGUGAAAAACGUUGUACUUUUUUUCAGGAUUCUUUGAUGAAUGGAAAGUUUCGGGUCACUUCACUCUCGCUUUUGAUCAACAUAAUGCGUCUGUUCUGAAUAAAAGUAUUAAUUUCCUUUCAUAAUAAAAUCUUACAGACCCCAAACCUUUGAAUGGUAAUGUAUGAUGGUUUCCAGCCACAAAAAUAUGACUGUUUUCAACAUUGAUAAUAAUCAUAAAUGUUUCUUGAGCAUCAAAUCAUCAUAUUAGAAUGAUUUCUGAAGGAUCAUGUGACACUGAAGACUGGAGUAAUGAUGCUGAAAAUUCAGCUUUGAUCACAGGAAUAAAUUACACUUUACUAUAUAUUCACAUAGAAAACAGUUAUUUUACAUUGUAAAAAUAUUUCACAAAUGCACUGUACUGUAUGAUGUUUAUAGAUAUAUAUGAAUGGUAAAGCGAGUCAGCUGAAGGUUGAUCAUGCAGACGUGUGAAGCCUCUCAUUUCAACUCUUUCACUUGAAUGGCCACAGAAAUGUAUUCGUACCUCAGUAGCCUGUUUAUAACAGAAACAUUUAAUAUUCUUCAGCGCUCGUCACAUUGUCGCAUUACAUUAGUGGCAAACAACAAGAAGUUAAGAACCGCCGGUCGUGAAUCCCCAUACCAUAAUGUACAAUUUCCUUCCAAAACAACCUUCAAUUUGUGACCUCUAACUGAAAUAGCUGGUGAAUAAUGAAGAUGAUCCGCUGGUUUUACUGGAGCGUGUCACAUAUAUGUGCAGGUAUAUGCAGUGUCCCACAGGUCAGGUAGAAAAACAGUCACAUGAUGUAAAAGAUUCCAUUCACAGAAGAAUGACUGACGCUCAUUACAGGACUUCAGAAUCGAACGUUUUAAAGGUCAAAUGCUGAAUAGUCUGUGUUUCUGUAUGAUGUUCAAAUGGGCCGUCUACAAUAAAACAAACCUGUACAUGAUAUGAAUUAAGGGCUUAAGGCAUCUUAGCUUGUGUUAUCAUUGCCAAAUGAAUCGUGUAUGUAAUUCCAGCUCACAAAAAUAUGUUCUAAGAACGUUUUGCUAACAUUCCCAUUAAGGUAACGUUAUUUCUGAAAGUUCUCUGAACGUUCCAAGUGUUUUUUUCUUGGUUAUGUGAACGUUCAGUUUUGCAAACAUUGUGAGAACGUUACUUUUGAAUGUUCUCUGAACGUUCCAAAACAAGUCGUAACAUUUAAAAAGCGUUAGAUGAACUUUCAAAUAAAAUGAUCCAGAAAAAAUGUAUGUAUAAAUAUUGUUUUUGUGCUAACGUUUUGAGAACAUUAUUGAAGACCAGAUAACAUUGAACGAACAUUCUAUUAACGUUACUGGAAGAACGUUUGUUCAUAACCUUGAGAGAAGCUGUUAGCUGGGAUGUUUUUUCUUUGUAGAGCUGGGCGAUAUAUUGAAUACUCUGAAAAUAUUUGCGAUGAUUUUGCUGUUGAUAAUAAAUUAAGCAACAUUUGUGAGUAUUGAGAUGAUUUUUAAGCACUUUUUUAUGUCACUUUUUUUCAUUUCAGUAAAUUGAUUAAUCAGUUCCUCUAAAAAUCACUAAAGUCCUUGUGUGGCAUUUUUCAUGCAUUAAAAUGUCUUAGUAAAAAUAAAAUGUAGGUGAAUAUUGCUGUUUAUCAUUAUGUAUUGUUGGUGCAUAUGAAUGAAAAAUGUUCUCCGUGUUCGUUUAGUGAGAAACAGUGUUUUACUUUUUACAUCUCAACAUUAGUAUAUUGAAUAUUGUCUGAAAAAUAUUGGGAUAAAGAUAUCGCCCAGCUUGAAUGCCAUGAUAAAAUAUUGAUAAAGUUUGGUAAAAUUUAAGCUAACAAAAAUAUGUUCUAAGAACGUUUUGCCAACGUUGAGAAAACAUUAUUUCUGAAGAACGUUCAAAACGUCCACUUUUUAAAUAUAUAUAAAAAAAAGAGUUCUCGGUGAACGUUUGAUAAAACAUUUUAGCAUUUUGCAAACAUCAUGGGAACGUUACAUUUGAAUAUUCUCGGAACAUUCUGAAACAAGUUUAAAAAACAUCAAACCAACUCAAAUGUUCCAGAAGAGCGUUCCAUGAUUGACGUUAUUGAAGACCAGAUAAAUCUGAACGAACGUUCUAUUAACGUUACUGGAAGAACGUUCCCUGUCAGCUGGUCUUUUCCACCAGCGAGAGAAAAUGUAUGACUGCAGUUUUCUUCGAGAGAAUCAAUGUAGACGACGACCUUCCAGAAUGUCCCGCAUAUGUUUCAGUGUUUAGAAGUCUCUCAGCUCGAGCAUCAGAGUGUUUUAGUGCUUCACACUGGAGCUUCAGAAGGGCUUUAUGACUGCAGAUCAUCCACUGCUUCACUCAGUCUGAGAAUCUUUCACAAACACCAGUUCAUGAAUGCAGCAGCUUCUGACAGUGUAAAGUGUGUGUUUAUUGUGUGUUAGUAGAUCACUGGAAAUGUAAGACCUUUGGUUGUUCUCUAUCCAUGUCGAUGAUCCGAUGUCCUGUAAUGAUCCUUCAGUCAUUCCACUCACUUAUAUCCAAUAAUGCUUCCUUUCACUGUAUUUCUUUGGAUUUACCAUCCAUUUUUGUGUCAUUCUUGCAACUAAUGAUGAAAAAAAUAAUAAAGAAAGCUAUUUUA